GCCUUAGACAAUUUUGCAAAAGCAUAUUUUUCCACCUAAAUGAAACAGCAGACGAUUUGGGAGGGAAGAUGCCCUCCUCUCCCCUGGGUGCUUUCACAACCACGGAAAUGAGUGAUGGUACCACUCUUUACACAUAGGGAGCAGAACUAUGAGAGGUUGUCACUUGCUAAGAGUAGCCUAAGCAGAGAGGCUCAGGCUCAAAGUCCCAGUAAGGAGCCAGUGGACAAAGUAUUUGGGGGUCUCCCUCAGCGACGAAAUCCACUCUCGUGGGCCAACCGUUUGCAAAGAGCACCUGCUGCUGAGGCCAACCGGAGAUGUGUUGGUAACCACACUGUAACCCCGUUUCCCUCUGGGCCUCUGCAGCCCACCAAGGUGGGCGGUCCUCCCAGUGCCUCCGGAAAGGUACGGCGCCUGCGCACAUCAUCUCCCUGACGUCACAGCCUCUGGGCCCGCAGGUGGCGACGGCGCUCGCGUACAUUGGCAGCGUGAAGUCAGGGCCGCUCCGUCCGCAGGAAGCGAUUGCGCCUGCGCAGGGAGCAGCUGGCGGAACCGGACCUCGGUGCUCCCGCUUCCGGUUUGGCGGCGGCGGCGGUAGCGGCUUCGGGCCCGGUUGGCGGUUUGUGUGACGGCCCAGGAGGGGCCUCGCAUUCCACGGAGGAUCCAGAGGUGGAGUCUGGGCAGGCGGAGGCUGGGUAGAUAAACCAGAAGAUUCGCCGUCGCUUCCAUGGCUGCCUCGCAAACUUCACAGACUGUUGCAUCUCACGUUCCUUUUGCAGAUUUAUGUUCAACUUUAGAACGAAUACAGAGAAGUAAAGGACGUGCAGAAAAAAUCAGACACUUCAAAGAAUUUUUAGAUUCUUGGAGAAAGUUUCAUGAUGCCCUUCAUAAGAACCAAAAAGAUGUCACAGAUUCUUUUUAUCCAGCCAUGAGACUUAUUCUUCCUCAGCUGGAAAGAGAGAGAAUGGCCUAUGGCAUCAAAGAAACGAUGCUUGCUAAGCUUUAUAUUGAGUUGCUUAACUUACCUCGAGGAGGAAAAGAUGCCCUCAAACUUCUAAACUACAGAACACCUACUGGAACUCGUGGAGAUGCUGGAGACUUUGCGAUGAUUGCAUACUUUGUGUUGAAACCCAGAUGUUUACAGAAGGGAAGUUUAACCAUACAGCAAGUAAAUGACCUUUUAGACUCCAUUGCCAACAAUAAUUCUGCCCAAAGGAAGGACCUAGUAAAGAAGAGUCUUCUUCAGCUUAUAACUCAGAGUUCAGCACUUGAACAAAAGUGGCUGAUACGGAUGAUUGUAAAGGACUUGAAGCUUGGUUUUACUCAGCAAACUGUGUUUUCUGUCUUUCAUAAUGAUGCUGCUGAGUUGCAUAAUGUCACCACAGAUCUGGAAAAGGUCUGUAGGCAACUGCAUGAUCCUUCAGUUGGACUCAGCGACAUUUCUAUCACUUUAUUCUCUGCAUUUAAACCCAUGCUGGCCUCUAUAGCAGAUAUCGAGCGAAUUGAGAAGGACAUGAAACACCAGAGUUUCUACAUCGAAACCAAGCUAGACGGUGAGCGUAUGCAGAUGCACAAGGAUGGGGACGUGUAUCGGUACUUCUCCCGCAAUGGAUAUAACUAUGAGGAUCAGUUUGGCUCUUCCCCACAGGAAGGUUCCCUGACACCGUUCAUCCAUAAUGCAUUCAAAACAGAUGUUCAAAACUGCAUCCUCGAUGGUGAGAUGAUGGCCUAUAACCCUGAUACACAAACUUUUAUGCAAAAGGGGAGUAAGUUUGAUAUUAAAAGAAUGGUAGAAGAUUCUGAUCUGCACACUUGUUACUGUGUUUUUGAUGUAUUGAUGGUUAAUGAUAAAAAGCUAGGACAGGAGACACUGAGAAAGAGGUAUGAAAUUCUUAAUAGUGUUUUUACACCAAUACCAGGUAGAAUAGAAAUAGUGCAAAAAACACAAGCUCAUACUAAGAAAGAAGUAAUUGAUGCUUUGAAUGAAGCAAUAGAUAAAAGAGAAGAGGGGAUCAUGAUAAAACAUCCUCUGUCCAUUUACAAGCCAGAUAAAAGAGGUGAAGGAUGGUUGAAAAUUAAACCAGAGUAUGUAAACGGGCUGAUGGAUGAACUGGACAUCUUAAUCGUGGGGGGCUACUGGGGGAAAGGUUCCCGGGGUGGAAUGAUGUCUCAUUUUUUGUGUGCGGUGUCAGAGAAACCCCCUCCUGGUGAAAAACCAUCAGUGUUUCAUACUCUCUGUCGCGUUGGCUCAGGUUACACCAUGAAAGAACUGUAUGACCUGGGUUUGAAGUUGGCCCAACACUGGAAGCCUUUUCAUAAGAAAGCCCCACCCAGUUGCAUUUUGUGUGGAACAGAGAAGCCAGAGGUCUACAUCGAGCCUUGGAACUCGGUCAUCGUUCAGGUUAAGGCCACAGAGAUUGUCCCCAGUGGCAUGUAUAAAACUGGCUGCACGUUGCGUUUCCCACGAAUUGAGAACAUAAGAGAAAACAAAGAAUGGCACGAAUGUACAUCUCUGGAGGACUUAGAACAACUCCGAGGGAAAGCCUCCGGAAAGCUUGCGUCUAAACACCUUUAUGUGGGUGACGAUGAUGAACCACAAGAAAAAAAGCGGAAGGCUGCCCCAAAGACGAAGAAAGUUAUUGGGAUUAUUGAGCACCUCAAAGCACCCAACCUUUCUAACGUAAACAAAGUCUCUAAUAUAUUUGAAGAUGUGGAGUUUUGUGUCAUGAGUGGAACCAACAGCCAUCCAAAGCCCAAUCUGGAGAACAGAAUCGCAGAAUUUGGUGGUUACGUAGUCCAAAAUCCAGGCCCAGACACAUACUGUGUGAUCGCAGGGUGUGAGAACAUUAGAGUGAAAAACAUCAUCUCUUCUGAUAAACACGAUGUUGUCAAGCCCGAGUGGCUGUUAGAGUGUUUAGAGACCAAAAGCUGUGUGCCAUGGCAGCCUCGCUUCAUGAUUCACAUGUGCCCGUCAACAAAACAGCACUUUGCUCGGGAAUACGACCGCUACGGGGAUAGUUACUUUGUCGAUACAGAUUGGAACCAACUGAAGGAAGUGUUCUCGGGAAUUAAAAAUGCUGGUGAACAGACUCCUGGGGAAAUGGAUCCUGUGAUUGCCGAUUUGGAACACCGGUAUUCCUGGGACAACACUCCUCUUAGCAUGUUUCGACACCACACCGUUUUUUUGGACUUGUAUACUGUUAUUAAUGACUUAAGCACUAAAAUCGAGGGGGCAAGAUUAGCUGUCACAGCCCUGGAGCUUCAAUUUCAUGGAGCAAAAGUAGUUUCAUGCUUAGCUGAGGGAGUGUCUCAUGUCAUCAUUGGGGAGGAUCAGAGUCGGGUUGCAGACUUUAAAGCUUUUCGAAGAACUCUUAAGAGAAAGUUUAAAAUCCUACAAGAACGUUGGGUAACUGAAUCAAUAGACAAGAGGGAAUUACAGGAGGAAAAUCAAUAUUUGCUUUGAAGCUAGCUUUCCUAGUGAGGGAAGGCCUCUGAUCUGGCUGACUCAUUAAACCACAUUUUAUUUUAAUCUCUUAAAAUCUGUGCUUAAACAGUAUUAUUAGAUAUAGAAACACAGUAAUCGUAACUUUUGAUAUAGAAAAGACACCCAAUGGCCCAAUGUCAAGAAAGAAAAUUUUCUAACAGUGUAGUGUUUGAUUAUUUUUAUAACCAAGAUGAAACAAAAUGUUUAAUGUUAACAGUCUCCUUAUAGAAAUCUAGAAUUUUGACUCAGAUAUUAAUAAAAUAGAUUUAGAAGCUUUUAGAGUCAUUAAAAACAGUGACCUAACAGGAUUUUCUGAAGUCAAAUAAAAAUUUUAAUAAUAGUUUUUGUCUAAUAAAAGCAUUGCAAGAAAAAAAUCAGAAUUGUUACAAUUGGACUUGUAAAUAUAUGUCUUUUUAAGUUGAAGGCUAAAAUUCCUCUUUUAAAUGUGAAAUGUGAACAAAUUUAUUUUUUAAGGUUAAGUCAAGCUCAUGAAUACAUACCUUGUUAAUGAUGUCAUUAGCUAAAUCAGGGGAAGUUGAAUGAGAUUUAAUGGUCUAAAAACUUAAAGUUGGAUCAGUUUGAGUUUUAAAAUCUCUUGCAAUUUUAAAAGUACUUGGCCCGCACUUAAUGUUUUUUCUAAAAUAGAGCAUGUUUUAAAGAAAAUACUUUUAUGUGAAUUUGUACUUCAGUAUAAAUAGUAUCCACAAAGAGUGAUUUUCUUAAGUAUAACCCAUUGAAUGUGUCAGAAUGGCAUGUGUGUUAUAACUUUCUUUACAGAGAAGUACAUUGCUUUGACUUUUUAAAGUGACUUUUAUUUACCCUUAGGUUAUGUAAAGUUUGUAUAGUAUGUGUAUGUAUUUAUAUAUAUAUAUAAUGUCUGAAUUUAUAUACCAAACAUAUAAAUACCAAAAUAUACCAAAUUUUGGAAUGCAGCCUGUACAUUUUGAAAAGUAUGUUUUUAUGACAUCAGUUAACUACUUGGAAUUUGGUACCUGAGAAACUGUGUGUAGAUUAUUUGUAAGUAGUUAAAAAUUUUAUCGAACCCAUGGAACAAAUGUAUGUUAUUUUGUUAUAUUUCUUAAUUUAAAUAAAAUAUUUAAUGUACUAUUAAAAUAA